AUUUGAAUGAUUUUUAAUUUUCUCAUAUUUGUUUUAGAUUAAAAUUCAACGCACAAAUCAAACAUCGAAUUUAAAUCGAAUGAACAGGUUGGGGUCGACAGACGUCAACCCGUGUCAACACUCUUUACUUGGUACUAUCUGAUGGAAUAUCUACAGAAUAUCAUUAUUCUACGGACGCGUUACGGUGGUAGGUGCGUGUAAACUUCUUUCACAAAAAUUGGCUGAAAAUACUUUGUGGUAAAAAUGAACGAGACGCGAUUUUGUAAACAGGACAAGAAUCAACAUAUUCAAGUAUUCGUUCGUGUCAGGCCAACAAAUAAUGUCGAGAAGUUGGGAAAAUCUUGCACUGUUGUGGAUGUCCCUUCCAAUAAAGAAGUGGUGGUGCGUGAAAGACCCCAGGACAAGCAUUCUAAAAAGUUUACAUUUGAUAAAGUUUUUGGUCCGAUGUCAAAACAGGUCGAUGUCUACAAAGCGGUGGUCAGUCCUUUAUUGGAAGAAGUACUUGCGGGCUACAAUUGUACAGUCUUUGCCUAUGGACAAACCGGAACUGGUAAAACUUUUACCAUGGAAGGUGUUAGUAAUGACCCAACUUUACAUUGGCAAAGUGACACAAACGCUGGAAUUAUACCUCGAUCAUUAAGCCACCUCUUCGACGAAUUGCAUACAUUGGAUGCUCAGGAAUACUCAGUCCGGGUCAGCUUUCUGGAACUAUACAACGAAGAAUUGUUUGAUCUUCUUUCUGCGACUGACAAUCCAUCUAAGAUAAGGUUGUACGAGGAUGCUUCUAAGAAAGGUUCAGUUAUAAUUCAUGGUUUGGAGGAAGCUCCAGUUCACAAUAAGGGUGAAGUCUACAAAAUACUUCAAAAGGGAUCUGAAAAAAGGCAGACUGCUGCGACUCUCAUGAAUGCUCAUUCAAGUCGAUCGCACACUAUAUUUUCGAUAACUGUUCACAUCAAAGAGAAUACAGUUGAUGGAGAGGAGCUACUAAAAACUGGUAAAUUAAAUUUAGUCGAUCUGGCUGGAAGUGAAAAUGUUGGGAGGUCUGGCGCCGUUGACCGCAGAGCUAGAGAAGCUGGUAACAUAAAUCAGUCUUUGCUGACCCUUGGAAGGGUCAUAACUUCUCUCGUUGAGCGAGCACCACAUAUACCUUACCGCGAAUCUAAAUUGACGAGAUUGCUUCAAGAAUCUCUUGGGGGACGUACAAAGACCUCAAUAAUUGCCACGGUAUCUCCAGCAAGCAUUAAUUUGGAAGAAACACUGUCGACCCUGGACUAUGCACACCGUGCCAAAAAUAUUACAAAUAGACCAGAACUCAAUCAGAAACUAUCUAAAAAAGCACUACUUAAAGAGUACACCGAAGAAAUUGAGAGAUUACAACGGGAUCUUCUUGCCACCAGAGAAAGAAAUGGGGUUUACUUGGCACAAGAGAAUUACCUUGACAUGCAAGCACAAAUUGAGUAUCAGAAAAAAGAUAUUGCCGAUAAAUGUAGCCAUAUAAAAGUAUUAGAAGAAGAAAUGGAUAAGAAGGAAAAAAUUUUCAAUGAUUUGCAAGUAAGCCUAGACAUUCAUCGCAAUGAUCUGCGAAAUACCGAAAGCUUACUCGCUAAUACAAAGGACGUUUUAGAAAUAACCGAAACUCAAUUACUACAGACCAAGCAAGAGUGUGCGGAAACUAAACACUUGGUAGAAAAACAUGUUGCCACUGAAAAGAUUUUGUCAGCUCAAGCUCGUCAGUUAUUGGAGGUUGCUGAAGUAGCUACAACUGACACCUAUAAGCUUCAUGAUAAAAUUGGUCGCAAAUCGCAAGUCGAACAAGAAAACGAUGUGCUUGGAAAACAAUUUCAAAGGGACGUAACAAAUAGAGUUGAAGAGAUCGAAAGGAACUGCACCGAAUACACCCAGAACUUGGUACAGUUUUGCAUGAACAUGAAAGACGUCAUAGGUGCGCAAAUGGCAACACAGAAUAGCUGUAUCAACGUAACCAUCCAACAUGUUUCUAAAGAUCUUGUCGCAGAUCAAUCUAGGGCUGUAAAACGUUUAACUGAACAGGCGGAUUGCUCCUUUAAUAGGUGUAAAACUUGGGUAGAUGAACAUCUCAAGAAUGUGACGAUCAUGUCUGAUCACGAAAGUAAACUUCUCAAUGAAAUAUCUUUGAUGUUAGCGCCUAAAAUUGAAGAACUUGUCAAAACUAACAUAGAAAAAAAUCUUCAAGUACUGCGUGAGGACGUGACGAAAAAGUUGGAAGAAAUCUUCACUUACGUCGACAGUAGUACAAAAGAUAUUUGCAACAGUUUGGUGAUGGGCAGAGAUCACCUGUUCAAUCACACGACAAAAAUCAGAGAAUACAUACAAGCUGCACAAACGAAACAAAAUGAAAUUAUCAAAACUAACCAGACAUUGAACGAGGCAUUUGAAAACGUAUUUUCAGGCGUAUGUGCGCUGCGAGAACAGUUUGCUGCAGCUAAAACGUCACACAGAGAAAACCAUACAGAAAUUGCUAAGAUUUUUACAAAUAUUAGUGACACCAACGAUGGUGUUUGCAGCGAUGGAUCCAUGUUCUGUGGCAAUAACGUGGCAAGUGAAGAACGCUUCGAUGCCGAAAUCAAAGAGAAACUCACUGAAGUCAAAAAUGAAAUACAAAGUGGUAUAGAAGAGAAUAUAACAAUAGCCAAUAUCACUGCUGUUCGGGGACAGGAGUUGACGGUUCAAUUACAAAGCAAACUUCAAGCAAAUGGCAAAGCUUGGAUUAUACAUAGGCAUGCAGUUGAAAAAAAUCUCGGUCAACUCCAAGAAGCAACUCAACAAAAUAAGGAUAUGAUACUACUGAGUGCUCAAGAGUUGCAAAAAAUUACAAAUGAUGCUAGUGUGAACCAUGAAGAGAUUAUGGAAAAUUAUCGGAGCAAAACACAGCUUGCCAGUUGUGAAUUACAACACAAAUUCGAGGAACAGGGUGCGAAUGCAGCACAAUGGGGAGCUGGAGUGACUGCACAAUUGCGCACCACGCAACAUCAGGUGGAGAAAUUCCUUGCUGAAGAUCUUCGCCAAGAUGUGCCAACUGGUGGUACACCAGUUCGAAAGGAACAUUACUAUCCCAAGCAGCUCGCUGCGACAUCACCACAUGACCGAAUAAUCCAAAGGUUUCGCGUAGCGAUGAAUGAGGUCGUCCCUGAAAUCGAGUGCGACGAUAAGGAAAAUGACGAAGAUGAAAGUAGCAAGUCUGUAAGUGAUCAACUAAAACAGAUGAUACCCAGAUUGAAACCGGUCUAUUCGAACGACAGGCGUGUUCUCGGUUCGCAUAACUGAAUGAAACAUCGUUUCAUGCGAAUGUGCGUUUUAUCAUUUUACUAAUUUAGAGUGGCUAGUAGAAAUACAGACGCAUAUAUGCAGUUGCUGCGAACGGCGAAUAAUUUUACAAAUAUCACGUUAAGGUAAAGAAUUUAUUGGAGAGAUGUCGAAAACCGAUGUUAUGGUUAUUAUACAUAUAUAGACUAAAGAUAUUUUACGGCGCGACGGCCGGCAAUUGACUUUUAUGGUUUUGUAAUACCAUUCUUCGAGUUGGCAUAGUAUCAAUUUCUAAGCAUUCCAUCCCGUACUUUUUAAUACAUAAUCGCCGGGCAAGUAUGGAAGUGAACUUGACAUUUUGAGGAUGACGUGUCAUUAAACUUAGAAACACCAAAAUUGAUUAUUGAAUAAAAAUUCUCGAAAAAAUAAACCAAUUAAUCACCGUUUGAUUUCGUGUCCCUUGCUCUUGUAGACGAAUUACCUAUCAAAAAGUAACUAUAUUUGGGGUUGUGUCAAUUUAGUUCACGCAUUCGGAUUCCUGAGCUCAAAAUGGUCAAAAAAAGCUUAAAUGUUUUAAAUUAGGAAUGUUACAAGAAUCCAUACUGUGGUGUGAUUGAGUCCUAAUGUAUUUAGUGCGCAGGGAUUCGAAACCUGCAAGUCAAUUCGAUUUAGCUAUCGAAUAUGGGUCAAGAUAUCGCCAUAUAAAUUUGCAUAUUUGAUUUCGAAUUCAUCAACUGCCCUUUGUUUUGAAUGAAUACGUUUUAAAAUUCAUUCAAAUAAUUUCAGAUGAUUCCCAAAAAUGUAAAGAUGGCAUAACGAACAUUUCUGUUAGGGACAACUGACAGUGCACGAGGAUUGACACCCCUAUAGAGUAGCCGCACACAGCUAGUGCCGAAAUAAUGACGAUGGACCUCAUUACUGAGCAAUCUCUAUACUUCAAUACGAAGUGUUUUUACGGUUCACGGUCAAUCAUUUGGGAAUCAAUCAUUCUGAACAUAAGGCAAUCGAAAAUGUAUGAAAGAGGCUUUAUAGUCUUCUGUUUGAUCUUUAUUAGAAUACUUAUAAUAGAAUUUUGAAAUACAUUCAACUAUGGAUACCUUUUCAAUGAUAUUGUAAUGCAUUCAUGAUAGAAAUAAAUACUUACAAUUAGACCAA